GCAACGGAAUUCUCUUUUUGUGUUUUUUAAGAAAAAUAAAAAGUUGAUUGGGAACGGCGUCGUACCAUCCAUCAAAACGGCGCUCCUAGUUGCUAAUACCCUUUUAUCUUCGUCUUGCUUUCACUAUCUGCAUAGUUCUUUAUCAUCUCCUGCAUUAAACCCUAAACCCACAACAAUCUCUACUGCUUCAUUUGCCGCCGGAGAUAUAUAUAUAAUUAAGAGAUCUUAAUAUAACACAAUAUAAUUUAAAAAGAAAUAAUGGAGGCCAAAUUCAGUUCGAAUGAGUUAUCUGAUGAGUUAGAUGCUAAAGCAAAGAAGUAUCUUAGAGGAGAGGCUCCUAAUUUAGAGGUUUUGAAAGACAAAAAACUAAAGGGUCAGCUUUCUGUUAGGGAACAAAUUUAUGGAAAAUCUGCUCAAACUGCUGCUAAGACAGAUAAGUGGCUUUUGCCGAGCACAGGAGGCUAUCUUGAGGCUGAAGGUACUGAAAAGACAUGGAGGAUCAAACAAGAUGAUAUUCUGUCUGAAAUUGACAUCUCAAGCUUAAAGAAACCACAUGACCUAAAGUUACCAGAUCUUGGUCCAUACACACUUGAUUUCACAUCAAAUGGGAGGUAUAUGGCCCUUGCUGGGCGCAAGGGCCACCUGGCAGUUGUAGACAUGAUGAGCAUGAGCCUAAUUAAAGAGAUGCAGGUUAGGGAAAAAGUGCGUGAUAUUGUGUUUUUGCACAAUGAACUCUUCUUUGCUGCUGCCCAGAAAAAGUACCCGUACAUUUAUUACAGGGAUGGCACUGAGCUUCAUUGUUUAGAGGGACAUGGUGCAGUUUUAAGGCUUCAGUUUCUGAGAAACCAUUUUCUCUUGGCAUCAAUAAACAAACUUGGGCAGCUUCAUUAUCAAGAUAUCACCAUGGGUGGGAUGAUUGGUAAUAUCCGGACAGGUUUAGGCCGUACUGAUGUGAUGGAGGUUAAUCCCUUCAAUGCUGUUGUUGCUUUGGGUCAUGCAGGAGGCAGAGUGACCAUGUGGAAACCCACCAGUGCAGCUCCUCUAAUCAAAAUGCUGUGCCAUCCUGGUCCUGUCUUGGCAAUGGCAUUCCACCCUAAUGGCCAUCUCAUGGCUACAUCUGGAAUGGAAAGAAAAAUUAAGAUUUGGGACUUGAGGAAAUUUGAGGUUCUCCAAACCAUACCAGGCCAUGCAAAGACCUUGGACUUCAGUCAAAACGGAUUGCUAGCAACUGGAACUGGAUCAUAUGUCCAGAUUUUAGGAGAUUUCUCAGGAUCACAGAGUUAUAGCAGAUAUAUGGGUCAUCCUAUGGUGAAAGGUUAUGAGAUACGCAAAGUGUUGUUUAGGCCAUAUGAAGAUGUUCUAGGCAUAGGACACUCCAUGGGAUGGUCUUCAAUUCUUACCCCAGGAUCUGGGGAGCCCAACUUUGAUAGUUGGUUAGCUAACCCAUUUGAAACAUCGAAGCAGCGAAGAGAGAAGGAAGUUCGCACUCUUCUUGACAAGCUCCCACCUGAGACAAUCAUGCUGGACCCUUCAAAGAUUGGCACAGUGAGACCAGUAAAGAAGAGAGACAAACCAACAAAGCAAGAAAUAGCAGCUGAGAUGGAAGCUGCUGUAGAAGCUGUCAAGGACGUCGCAGUUAAAAACAAAACAAAAGGAAGGAGUAAGGCCAGUAACAAACUGAAGAAAAGAAAGGAGCUUAUUGACAAGGUCAAGAGGCCUUUCUUGGAUCAACAAAUGAAAGAGGAAGAAAAGUUGGCCAAAAAGAAGCAAAAGACAGGCCAGGAUAAUGAACUACCCGUGGCGUUGCAGAGAUUUAAGCAGAAAAAAGCAAUAGCUUGAAUUUUAACUUCCAAUUCUUUUUAUCAUGCUAACCUAGUAUUACGUUCAAAUGUUUGUGAAUUAUAACCCCUCGAGUUUUGGUUAUUUCAUCUAUUUAGUGACAUUUUGAGCAUGA